CGUCAAUAUUUAAAUGUUUCCCGUCACUUUGUGUUUGCAAUUUUAAUUUGUGGCUAAGACUUUUUUGGGUAGGAAAUUACUGCACUGCCAUAAAGCUACAUGCUUCACAAUAUUCUUUUUGUAUUUGUGAAAUUUAUACAGAGUCAAAUAAAUGAAAUAUUAAAAUGCAGGUUUAUUUCUCAUCUUCAUGUGGUUUACAAUCACUUUUCACAUUAUAACUAUUUAUAGUCUUACCGUUGUUUUUGUUUUAAAUGGCUAUGUAGAAAAUGGGCACACUUACCUUGAGAGAGGAGAAGGUGUGUCGAAUCUCUGGAGGAGAUGUGGCUUCACGGUGACUCUGGUUUUGCAUGUCCGUGGCACACGUACCCGAUUCAUGCAGCACUGCGGGAAUCAGAUGGGCUAUUUAUAAGUUCAACCAGUGUGUAAACACCUCAUUGUAUUUUAAUGUUAUAAAAUGCAAUGCUUUAGUGUAAAGCGCCACAGAGCAGACAAAGCAAGUCAUGCUUACUAUACGCAUGUCACAAUCCACACAGCAACCUGACAUAUUUUGUUUCUCCACCUUCCAGGGAUUCAGAUAUCACCCAUCAAAGAAGGAGUGCUGUGGCAAGUGUAUCCAGGAGCAAUGUUAUAUACAGUACAGUGGAGCCAAUCAGCUGAUCAAGCCUGGUGAAAUAUGGUCUCCUGAACAUGAUAAAUGCUGUGUACACAGUUGCAUCCACAUCAAAGAUACCUUUAUAUCAACAGUAGCAAAUAUCGUGUGUCCUCCGUUCCAUCCUGAAAACUGCCAGCCAGGAACUAUACAGACUGCUCCUGAUGGCAGUUGUAAAACAUGUCUGGAGAAGAACAAGUCCUGUAAGCUUCAGACAAUUACCAGCUUUAUAAGUGAUAGGGGAUGCAAGUCUUCACAACCCAUUGACAUGACAUUCUGUGAGGGCGCCUGUGACACUUACUCCAAAUACUCUGCCUCAGCAGCCAGCAUGCAGCAUUGAUGUACUUGCUGCCAGAGGUGAAGACCCACAAUGAAACCAUCAGUUUGGCUUGCAGCGAUGGAACCAUUAAGACUUAUAAUUACAUCUACGUGGACAAGUGCGACUGUCGCACCACUUCUUGUGGGCCUGACUUCAAGAGAACAAGGACCCGGAGAUACCUUCCAAAAAUUGCAACUGAGGAGUUUCAUUGAAAACGCUAUAAACACCUGAAUGAAUUUUGUUACUUUGACCGUGUUUUCUGAAUGAAAAUCUCUAUUUAUUGUUCUUUUGCUUCAUGCUAUUAAUGUCAGCUGCUAAUUAGUCACUUUUUUCAUGUGUUAGAAGUAGAUGUUAAAGCCUUGCAUAUUAAUCAAUAAAUCUUACUUUCCUAGCAAAUAAAAGCAAUGUGAAAUAUUCUUGUCUAACAUUUCUCAUUCUUAGUAUGUCAUAAAUGAUGGUUGACCCUGCACUCUGAUCUCCAGAGGUCAUAUGAAAAGACAUAAUCAU